AUGGGUCUAGAUAAGCGAAAGAAAAAGUUUACAUUAAAGCCCGGGCCCUUGGUUUCCAAGGAUAAAAUACCCUAUGACUAUUUGGUCAUGAUCGACGCUGGGUCCAAGGGUUCCAGAGUUUAUGUCUACAACUGGCUCAACCCCAAGCAUGCCCUAGAAGCCGGGUUAGAUUUGCAGAAUAGCUCAAAGGUGAAUUUGGUUCAUGAACUGAUGUUGGGGGCUGAUCCAGAUGACUCUGACGACGAGAACAACCUGGAGGAGAAGCCCAAACCGGUGAACUUCCCCUCCAUAUACCUGGACAAGCUUUGGCACAAGAAAAUCCAACCAGGGCUCUCGUCAUUCAAUCAGAGCCCACAGAAGGUAGGAAAACGUCACCUUCGAUACCUUCUUUCUUAUGCGAGUGCUAUUGUUCCGAAAUCGGAACAUCAUAGAACACCCAUCUUUUUGCAUGCCACGGCAGGAAUGAGGCUCCUUCCUCCGAAAGAACAACAACCCAUCCUAGAAAAUGUCUGUGAAUACCUUCAGACUAACUCUGACUUCUAUGUUCCCCACUGCAAGUCUCAUGUCAAUAUUAUUGAUGGAGACAUCGAGGGCUUGUACGGAUGGCUCUCAAUAAACUAUCUUAUCGGAGCAUUUGACUGGCCAGAAGAACAUGCUCACGGCAAGGAACACAACACGUAUGGCCUACUAGAUAUGGGUGGGGCGUCGACCCAGGUGGUAUUCCAACCUAACAGUACUGAAUCCAAGGAACACGAAAACAACUUAUACAAAUUAUCUCUUGGCAAGCUACCUCUUCGAAGCGAAAAGAAGAAAGAGAAGAAUCAGGGACAUCAAAAUAUUGGAGCAUUCCAGCCGCCCGAGAUAAAAGAGUUUGACAUCUUUUCAGAUUCCUUCUUAGGUUUCGGCAUGUUUCAGGCACAAAGCAGGUACCGUUCUAUCCUAGUGGAGAACUACAAGAAAGCUAAUGAUAUUCCCGAACUGACAAACUACUUCAGAACUCCGUUGACAGACCCAUGUUUACCAAAGGGCUACACAACCAAAGAACUCGUGAAUCAUAAUUAUGUUGAUUUUACUGGUGAUUCGAAUUUUGAAGAAUGCUUAACUUCCAUCUUCCCUGUUAUAGAAUCUUCUACUCACCAUACGGGUAAGUCACCAAGCUGCCUUAAGCUAGGUCUGACAGAUAAGGUGAGCUCCUGCUUGCUCGACGAGUUGAUUCCCGCUUUCGACUUUGAUGUAAACCAUUUCAUCGGUGUGAGUGGAUAUUGGGACGCCAUCAAUGCUUUAUCAUCUUACGGAAACUUUGAAAGAGACAAAUCCGAGAAGUACGACUACUUGAAAAUGUAUUCAGCAACGUCGCAGUGGUGUACUCGUUCGUUUAAGGAGAUGAUUGAGAGAAAUAACUUACGCGACAAAGAUGAAAGAAUCAAGGAGGAGGAACUUGCUCAACUUUGCUUCAAAUCAUCGUGGAUUCUAAACUUCUUGCAUGUGGGACUCGGUUUCCCUCGUAUUGGAAUUGAUGAAGGUCCGCAAAAGGAUGACAAAUUCAAAUCCCUACAACUUGUGGAGAAAAUGGGUGGACUGUCAUUCUCUUGGACUCUUGGAAGAGCUUUGCUUUAUUCUAACGAUGAAUAUGUACAAGCAUUCAAUAACUACACUAUUGAGAAAACGGGCAGUUCAGACAAUCUCUUAAAAAGACCUGGUUACUAUUAUACUGCGAGAGAAGACGCCUAUCAAUUUGGUGCUGAAUCAUUGGAAUCAUUUCCAAGACCGUUGUAUUCUCCUGAAAAGCCCGGGACGAAGUAUACCGUUUUUGACUACGAGUAUGACUAUGCAUCACAUCCUUACGAGCUGAAGUGGUACUUGAAGACUCACAGAUUUUAUGGAAGCCUUAUUUUCAUGUUGAUGGUAUUGGUGAUCAUCGUACUCAUGUUAGGCAGGAAGGGACGCCAUGAUAUCGUGAGCGCUGGAAAAAUGGCGGUGAACAAAGUUUUGCUCCUAGUAGGACUUCGAAAAUUUGCAUACACUGUUGUACCUGACUAUGAAGUAUCCGACUCAUACGAGCUUCGAGACGCUAAUGAUGAUUUUAGGCAUGAGGGCACAAGCGCAUUCACUGUUGCAGAUGAGGAAGAAGUCUGA